GUGAGACUGAGUCACAGUCUUAUUCUCUGGUUCUACCAAGCUAGGGUUCAACAAUCGACAAUUGUGGAGGAGAGCAGCGAGUGAGUGUCUUGCGUUCUUCUUCGUUCGUAAAUCGUUUCGUUUCCUUCUACUACUCUGUUCUUCAUUUGAUCUCAUGGCACCACCACCAGGGCCUUAUUCUGGUACCAGCACCCUAGCUUUGGUUGCUCGAGUUUCUGCUUUCUCUGUCGGUGUCGUUUAUGGAGCCAUUAAGCUCAAGUACGUCAAGGCAAAAGCCAAGUCUCAACAGAAAGCUCAUGCCAAGGCUCAUCACUGAAAGCAAUGAGAUCCCUAGCAUGCAUUGAGUAGAAUACUGAAAUAAUUCAUCUCGAGGAACUGCAAUGUUUUAUCCCAUUUUUUUCCUGGUUUAACCGUUCGAUAGCCAUGAUGCGUUGAAUUUAGUGCACUAUGAAAAUGUUCAAUUUUCACGAUUUUGCAUUGUUUUAAUAAUUACUGUCUUACUUUGAGUUCCAA